AUGCUGCCCGCUCAAGACGCAUUCUCUACAGACGAGCUGCUGGCUGGGACAGGAAACACGCAGGAGGAGGAAGAAGAGGAGGACGAGGACGAGGACGAGGACGAGGACGAGGACGAGGACGAGGACGAGGACGAGGACGAGGACGAGGACGAGGACGAGCGGCAGCAGCAGCAGCAGCAGCUCUCACCUAGAUAUGCUGAGGAACAACACCUGCCAUGGAGAAGGUGUCUGGAAGAAGAGGAAGAGGGCGAGUGCGAACAGGAGGACAACCAGGAAGAGGAAGAGCAACAGAAGGACGAGGGCGAGGAGCAGGAAGAGAGGGAGGAAGCUCAUGACUACAAUGCUGGCAAAGAGCAGCUCGACAAGUCUCGCACCUGA